AUGACGAGUCUGAAGCGAGCUUCUGAGGCGGGUCCUUUCUCGUCCAAUAUCUCCAGCAAGACGUAUGUGAGAUCGACAAAGAGCGGGAAAGUCCAGAAGAUUGUGCGCGAGGUCUACCUCCGACAAGACAUACCAUGUUCGUCCAAGAUAUGCUCGAAAUGUCUUGCUGGCGCACCGCGGAGUGCAGCCGGGACAGUGAGCCCGUUCGUGCUCUCAGAUAAGCCGGCAGGCAGCAAGGCAUACCCGCAAGGGCAUUACCUUGUACCAGACACAAACGCUCUGCUGAACGCUAUGGAUCUGUUCGAGCAGAGCUCUGCUUUUUUCGACGUCAUCAUUCUGCAGACCGUACUCGAGGAGCUACGCAACAGAUCUCUACCGCUCUACAAUCGUCUCAUCGGGCUUACCAAGAGCGAGGAGAAGAGGUUUUACGUCUUCUUCAACGAGUUCAGGCUCGAGACGUACGUUAACCGGGAACAUGACGAGAGCAUCAAUGACCGGAACGACAGAGCCGUGCGACGGGCUGUCAAGUGGUACAAUGAGCAUCUGGCGCAGACCAAGGCGAAGAAGCUGCCUGUCACGGUCAUGCUUACGGAUGACAGAGGUAACCUGGAGAAGGCAAAGAAGGAGAAAGUUCCGGCCACGACAUUACGCGACUACGUUGCGGGCCUGCAGGAGGCAGAUCGCCUGCUUGACAUGAUUGCCGAGUCACAGGAGAGAGGUCUUUCCAGAGAUAAGAAAUCUGCCGACUUCCUCUACCCCGAAUACUACAGCAUGUCCAAGAUGAUGACUGGCGUCAAAAACGGUAUGCUUCACCAGGGCAUAUUCAACCUUUCGCCUUACAACUAUCUGGAGGGUUCCAUCAAAGUGCCUGCAUUCCCGAAGUCGCUUUUAGUGCUUGGACGAGAUAACAUCAACCGUGCCGUGGACGGAGAUGUCGUGAUCGUCGAAGUCCUCCCACAAGACCAGUGGAAGGAACCGUCUACGAAGAUUAUCGAGGAAGAAGCAAUCACAAAGAACGAGAAUGCCGAUGGCGAUGAGGGCGGAGAUAUUGUUACUGAGCAGGAGAAGAAGGCUCUCCAGGAACAGGUCAAGAAGACCCAGGGCUUGAGCACCGAAGGACGACCGCAGCCGACAGCAAAGGUUGUCGGUGUAAUCAAACGGAAUUGGCGUCAGUAUGUUGGCCACGUCGAUCAGUCGUCUGUUAGCCAGUCGGCGAGACAAGGUCGGAAGCAGGAAAGUGUCUUCCUGAUACCCAUGGACAAGAAAGUGCCCAAGAUCCGCAUACGAACGAGGCAAGCCGGCGAGCUCCUUGGAAAGCGGAUUCUGGUCACAAUCGACUCCUGGGAUCGCGAAUCACGACAUCCUGUCGGCCACUUCGUGCGUUCCCUGGGUGAGGUGGAAACCAAAGCUGCCGAAACUGAGGCGCUUCUUCUUGAGUAUGACGUCCAAUAUCGACCAUUCCCCAAGACGGUACUGGACUGUCUGCCCAAGGAGGGUCACGACUGGAGGGUCCCUACCAGUACCGAGGAUCCGGGAUGGAAAGACAGAGAAGACCUUCGAGGACUCCUAAUCUGCAGUAUCGAUCCCGUUGGCUGUCAGGAUAUUGAUGACGCCCUACACGCCAGGCCACUGCCCAAUGGAAACUAUGAAAUUGGUGUCCAUAUUGCUGAUGUGUCGCAUUUCGUCAAACCAAAUAACGCCAUGGACGCCGAAGCCAGUAUUCGAGGAACAACAGUCUAUCUAGUGGACAAGCGUAUUGACAUGCUUCCAAUGCUGCUCGGUACCGAUCUCUGCUCCUUGAAGCCCUACGUGGAGCGCUACGCUUUCUCUGUCCUGUGGGAGCUGAACACAUCUGCGGACAUUGUCAACGUGCGGUUCACCAAGUCCGUCAUCAAAUCUCGCGAAGCAUUCAGCUACGAACAGGCCCAACUACGAAUCGACGAAAAUUCGCAGCAGGACGAUCUAACAAAAGGCAUGCGGACGCUCUUGAUGCUCUCGAAGAAGCUGAAACAGAAGCGCAUGGACGCUGGUGCUCUCAGCUUGUCGUCACCCGAGGUCAAGGUCCAGAUGGAAUCCGAGACCUCAGACCCGAUCGACGUCAAGACCAAAGAGCUGCUGGACACCAACUCGUUGGUUGAGGAGUUCAUGUUGCUCGCCAACAUCAGCGUGGCAGGCAAGAUCUACGAAGCCUUCCCGCAGACGGCCAUCCUACGGCGCCACGCGGCUCCCCCAAAGACCAACUUCGACGAGCUGGCCAACCAGCUCAAGGUCAAGCGCGGCCUCGAGCUGCGCUUCGACUCGUCCAAGGCGCUCGCCGACUCGCUCGACGAGUGCGCGGACCCGGCCGAGCCCUUCUUCAACACGCUGAUCCGCGUCAUGGCGACGCGCUGCAUGAUGAGCGCCGAGUACUUCUGCGCGGGCACGCAGGCGUACCCGGAGUUCCGGCACUACGGCCUCGCGUCCGAGAUCUACACGCACUUCACGUCCCCGAUCCGGCGGUACGCCGACCUGGUCGCGCACCGGCAGCUCGCCGCCGCCAUCGACUACGAGCCCAUGCACCCGCACGUGCGGUCGCGCGGCCGCCUCGAGGCCGUCUGCAAGAACAUUAACGUGCGCCACCGCAACGCCCAGCUCGCGGGCCGCGCCUCCAUCGCGUACUACGUCGGCCAGUCGCUGCGCGGCCGCGUCGCCGAGGAGGACGGCUUCGUCAUGAAGAUCUUCUCCAACGGCUUUGUGGUCCUGGUCCCGCGUUUUGGCAUUGAGGGCCUGAUCCGCCUGCGCGACCUUGCGGACCCGGAGCCUGAGAGCGUGUUUGAUGCGGAUGGGUAUAAGCUCACGACGAGCGGGAGUCGUGAUGUUAGUGUGGAGCUGUUCAUGAAGGUGCGCGUGCGCAUCCAGGAUGUCAAGGAUGAGGCGACCGGGAAGAGGGGCGCGAAGAUGGAGCUUGUGCGGGCUGGGUGA